ACAUAGAAUAAUAUAUAUAUGUAUAUAGAUAUAAAUAUUACUAUUACUCAUACGCAUCAUGGCUUCGUCAUCAAACAAGAGCAAAACGGCGCAGCUGAUUAGGUGCUUCUGCGGCUGCUCGGAGAUGAGCGUUGAGGAAGUGCGUCGCAUUUACACGCUCACAAAUAGCAUGCAUCAGACGCUGCUAGAUCGGCAGGCUGCAAAACUCUUUCGACGCUACCUGGAGACGCAACGAGCGGGCGACAAAGGCGAAGCGGAACAGUACCUGGAUGUCUACGAGAAGUGCGCUGAGUUCUUACAGGAGGAGCAACGGACAUUUACAUUAGAUCAUAUCGAGGAGUUGCGGGAUCUGGGCCUGGCCUAUCAUCACGAGAGUGAUCUGAUGCGGCGCACACGCGGCGGCCAGGAUUCUGACAUCAAAAGUGGUCUCAAUCGCAUUCAAGGCGAUUGUCUGAAUGAAAUUGAAGCGAGCAGCGACUUCAAGGAAUUUCGAAGCGCAAUACUAAAAAAAAUGCAGAGAAUACGUAACUAAUGCAUAGGCGCUGA